AUGAUCCACUUCCUCCUCAUUGCUAAUAUGCAGGGUCAGGUGCGACUUGCGCGGCACUAUCCUCACUCUGGACUCUCUGCGGAGCAAGCAGCUGUUGACCAUGCCGACAUCAUCCGCAAGGCCGUCUCUCGCUCUUCCAAGCAAUCAUCGUUCUUUGCCUAUGGUUCUGGUAUCAUUGUCUGCUUCCGUCGCUAUGCCUCGCUCUACUUUAUGAUUGGUGUUGAUGAUGGUGAUAACGAGCUGGCCGCUCUGGAGCUCAUUCAGCUCAUGGUCGAGGCUCUCAACACCUACUUUAACGAUGUGACAGAGCUCGACAUCAUGCUCCGGCUCGAGCUCGUUCACAUCAUCAUCGACGAAGUCAUCGCAAAUGGGCAUGUUGUCGAUGCAAACCAGGCAAACAUCCUCCGCCCGCUCAAGCUCAUGGCUACCCACGCCGGCCCUUGUCAUCCUGAACAGUGGACGCGGUGA